CGUCCCCGCGCGGGGCGCCCGACGGAGCGGAGCGGCGCCGCACGUGGCCCUGCUUCCUCCGCCUUUUGUCUGCGGGAUGAGAAGCCGCGCUCCCCCGCCGCGCUGCCGCUCGUGCCGGUGGCGUUGCGUACGCGCGGAAUCACGGAGCGCUUUGGGUUGGAAGGGACGCUAGCAGGGCCGCCCCCCGCCGGCUCAGGCUGCCCAGGGCCCCGUCCGACCCGGCCGCGAGCUCCUCCGGGGAUGGGCCGCCCGCAAGCGCUCCGUAUGGCCUCGGGCGCACGGAGCAGCUCCCCGCGGUGCCGCGGGGUGGGCGUGUGCUCGCAGCCUGCGGGGAGAGCCGGGCUGAAAGCGCCAGUGGCCGAGCGCCGGGUGUUAUUAGCGCCGCGGUUGUGUGCGGUGCUCGGUGCCAAACCGCCGUACCGUUCCCUUUGCUGGGUGCCGGAGCGGUGCCAGGCUGCGACCCAGCGGCUCCGAGUCAGCCCAGCAGAGCUCCCUCAGCGGGCCCAGCGCGGGGCGGGGUGCUGCGGAGCUGCAGGAUUUGGGCUGUGGUGCUGUCCUGCUGGAAGCCGGGGUGUCGCUUUGGCAUCGUGGGGGUGCCGUGUCGUGUUUGUGGUCCUUGAGGGGUCGCCCAUGUUUGAUGGCAAAGUCCCUCACUGGCACCACUACAGCUGCUUCUGGAAGCGAGCACGGAUCGUGUCUCACGCAGAUAUUGAUGGCUUCCCUGAGCUCCGCUGGGAGGACCAGGAGAAAAUCAAGAAGGCCAUCGAAACUGGGGGCCCUGGAGGAGGAAAAGGAGGGGAGCAGGAAGGAGGUGGCAAGGCUGAGAAGAGCCUAACUGACUUUGCUGCAGAGUAUGCCAAGUCUAACAGGAGUACUUGCAAAGGCUGUGAGCAGAAAAUAGAAAAGGGCCAGAUCCGGAUUUCCAAGAAGAUGGUGCAUCCUGAAAAACCCCAGCUGGGGAUGAUCGAUAACUGGUACCACCCGGACUGCUUCGUGAGCCGCCGGGCAGAGCUGGGCUUCCUCCCGGCGUACGGGGCCACCCAGCUCCUGGGCUUCAGCAUCCUGAAAGCUGAAGAUAAAGAAACUCUGAAGAAGCAGCUACCGGCUACCAAGACUGAAGGAAAGAGAAAAGGAGAAGAGGUAGAUGGAAAUGUGAUUGUGAAAAAGAAAUCGAGAAAAGAAAAAGAAAAAGAAUCAAAGCAGGAAAAACAGCUGAAGGAGCAGACAGAGCUGAUCUGGGGCAUCAAGGAUGAGCUGAGGAAGGUCUGUUCCACGAAUGACCUGAAAGAGCUGCUGAUCGCCAACAAGCAGGAGGUGCCUUCAGGGGAGAAUGCCAUUUUGGACCGAGUGGCAGACGGGAUGGCGUUUGGAGCUCUGCUUCCCUGCGAGGAGUGUAAGGGGCAGUUUGUGUUCAAGAGCGAUGCGUACUACUGUUCAGGGGACAUUACUGCCUGGACUAAGUGUGUGGCUAAAACACAGACUCCCAACAGGAAGGACUGGGUAAUCCCGAAGGAGUUUCGUGAAAUUCCUUAUCUCAAAAAAUUUAAGUGUAAGAAGCAGGACAGGAUUUUCCCUCCCGAGGCUGCAACUGUGAACUCUGCGCCUCCUCCGUCUGCAUCCGCUCCUUUGACAGAGACUGUUUCUGCUCCCCAAGACAAACCACUGACCAACAUGAAGAUCCUGACUCUCGGAAAGCUGUCCAAGAACAAGGAGGAGGUGAAGAAUAUUGUGGAGGAGUUGGGAGGAAAGAUGACAACAACAGCUAACAAGGCCACCCUGUGCAUCAGCACACAGAAGGAGGUGGAGAAAAUGAGCAAGAAGAUGGAAGAAGUGAAGGAUGCCAAAGUUCGUGUGGUCUCAGAGGAGUUUCUUAAGGAUGUGAAAUCUUCCAGCAAGAGCUUUCAGGAGCUUCUCUCUCUCCAUGCAAUUUCACCUUGGGGUGCAGAGGUGAAAAUGGAGCACCAGGAGGUGGCGGUGGAUGGGAAGUGCAGCAAGCCCCCUAGUAUGAAGAGUGCUGGGAAGGUCAAAGAAGAACAAGGACCUAGCAAGUCUGAAAAGAAAAUGAAGCUAACAGUUAAAGGUGGAGCAGCAGUAGAUCCUGAUUCUGGUUUGGAGGAUUCUGCUCAUGUUUUUGAAAAAGGUGGAAAGAUUUUCAGUGCAACUCUUGGCCUAGUAGAUAUUGUGAAAGGAACAAAUUCCUAUUACAAACUGCAGCUGUUAGAGGAUGACAGAGAGAGCAGGUACUGGGUGUUCAGGUCCUGGGGUCGCGUGGGCACUGUCAUUGGGAGUAACAAGCUGGAGCAGAUGCCCUCAAAAGAAGAUGCGGUUGAACACUUCCUAAAUUUGUAUGAAGAGAAAACUGGCAAUUCUUGGCAUUCAAAGAACUUCACUAAAUAUCCCAAAAAAUUCUACCCACUGGAAAUAGAUUAUGGACAGGAUGAAGAAGCUGUCAGGAAAUUGACAGUGGGUGCCGGGACUAAAUCAAAGCUUGCUAAGCCAAUCCAAGACCUUAUUAAGAUGAUCUUUGACGUGGAGAGCAUGAAGAAAGCUAUGGUGGAAUUUGAGAUUGACCUGCAGAAGAUGCCACUGGGGAAACUCAGCAAGCGACAGAUCCAGAGUGCAUAUUCCAUCCUUAAUGAGGUUCAGCAGGCAGUUUCUGACGGUGGUUCUGAAUCCCAGAUCUUGGACCUGUCAAACCGCUUCUAUACUCUGAUCCCUCAUGACUUUGGGAUGAAGAAACCACCUCUUCUCAGUAACUUAGAAUACAUUCAGGCUAAAGUGCAGAUGUUGGACAACUUGCUUGAUAUUGAGGUUGCUUACAGCCUUCUUAGAGGUGGAAAUGAAGAUGGAGAUAAAGACCCAAUUGAUAUCAAUUAUGAAAAGCUCCGAACUGAUAUUAAGGUGGUUGACAAAGAUUCAGAAGAAGCCAAGAUUAUUAAACAAUAUGUGAAAAAUACUCAUGCUGCUACUCACAAUGCAUAUGACCUCAAAGUUGUGGAAAUCUUCAGGAUCGAACGUGAAGGAGAGAGUCAGCGUUACAAGCCAUUUAAGCAGCUUCAUAAUCGCCAGCUGCUGUGGCACGGUUCCCGCACCACCAACUUCGCUGGUAUCCUCUCGCAGGGUCUCCGGAUAGCUCCCCCUGAAGCUCCUGUGACUGGCUACAUGUUUGGGAAGGGCAUCUACUUUGCAGACAUGGUGUCGAAGAGUGCCAACUACUGUCACACAUCUCAAGCUGAUCCAAUUGGGUUAAUACUACUGGGAGAAGUUGCCCUUGGAAAUAUGUAUGAGCUAAAGAACGCUUCUCACAUAACAAAAUUGCCCAAGGGAAAACAUAGCGUGAAAGGCUUGGGCAAAACUGCACCUGAUCCCACAGCCACUACAACCCUUGAUGGUGUAGAGGUUCCCUUAGGGAAUGGGAUCUCAACGGGAAUUAAUGAUACCUGUCUUCUGUACAAUGAAUAUAUUGUGUAUGACGUUGCUCAGGUAAAUCUGAAGUACCUACUGAAACUGAAAUUCAACUAUAAGACAUCACUCUGGUGAACAGUAUUUAGGAGUCCUGUUAGUUAUACUGUAGUUACACUAUAGCGUUGACUUCUGACAUGCUUAAGUAUUGACUUCACUUAUCAAGAUACCGAGAGCUAAACUGCAAGAGCGGUUACUAAAUCCUAUUUAGUACAACAGUUAGUGAAAGUUUUUAUAUAAAUGUGGCAACACAAGGACCUGAACUCUGUUGAGAAUGCUUAGUUGGUUUUGUUUUAUACCACUUCUAUUUGUGGGGGCUGUCAAGUGCUUGUUUCUUUUAAUUGGCCAAACAAAUGGAUGACAACAACAGCAACAAAACUGUUUUUUAGCCAGAGGUGGGCAAUAGCAGAGAAGGAACUCGAGGAUGUUUGUGAUGUUUGCUCUGUUAGGGCUCCUACUUGUUUAAGAUACCCUUUUUUCAGUUUCCAUUUUGAAUAAAUAAUAAAUGUGCAUUUAUUUUGAGGUUAAAAAAAAUAAAAGAUAAUUUCAUACUAACAGCUUUAUGUUUCAAAAUUUCCAAA